AAAGGCACGAAGAGGUCAGGUUCAGAAGGAAGAUCGCAUCGCCAUAAGAAGGGCUUGAUAGACCAACAGCAACACCCGCACCAUGUCUGGCAUGGGUCGCGGACGGGGCGGUAGCCCGCGCAAGGCACGCGCCAGCACCGGCUCCGCGCCGACGAACGCGGACAGCAGCAGCAGCAUCGCGCGAUCACCGACACGGGGCACGUCCAAGCGCGGUCGCAAAUCGACAACGAGCGUGCGCGAGAGAAAUCCGCCGGACGCGACUUCAGCAACGCAGACAGCCAUUAGGCCACCAGCGAUCAUGGGAAGAAGGAGCCUCUUGCCGCCGCCCCCGCCGACCAAUCGCGAAGCUGACGACGUCAUUGUUAGCGCAGGCCAGCUGCCAGCGGAUGGUGCUGAUGAGAGUACUAUCUCUGCUUCCGGUCCACGAACGGACUUAGAUGCUGACCCCGCCUCCUUGGCCACUCCGGGGGCUUCAAGACACAUGGGAGACGACACGAGCAUCCUUUGGUCGCGUCCACGCCGCUCGCUUUCCCAGCCUCCACCCAACUCCGUUAUCCGUCGGCAGCUACGCACAGCAGCAGGUGGCACGCCACUGCACCCGCCAUACCCUGCCGCAUCUACACCUCGACGCCAGUUGCCAACGGCCGCAAUGUCUGGCACGCUCGGAGGAGGAGCAACCGAGACCCCGCGAAGGGGCACGCCCAGCAGCGUCGGACGCGCCGGUGGCAGCGCGAUCGCAAGCGAGGUGCGCCGGCGAAGGCAAGAACGCGCAUACAUGCUGGCUGAACGCUCGGGAGAUGUCAGUACCAAUGUUCUCAUGCAGCUGACCAGAACGCCCCUGCCCGGUGCCAGUAUCCCUAUCGGAACAGGUGUGGGUACAGGCCGAGCUUCUUUCGGGCCCGCAUCGGUGAAUCGAUCAAAAAGAGCAGCAGGACGUAAAAGUCGCACAAAGGGAAUUGCUGGUUGGGGCGCAGGAUGCGUCGAAUCACCUUUCGACUUGCUUUCCAAACUGGCAAGGGCACCUGGCUUCUACAUCCCCGCAUCUGAGCAGUCCAUGCUCGCCGAACGCGCGCAACAGCACGCCAUGCUUGCCCCUCCCCCCCAGGCGAUGGGCAAUUCGACCAAUCUCAAUGCAUCAGCGGCAGCUGCCGCUGCGCGUCGUUCCGGGGCCAGCAUCGCGUCUGAGUCGCGCUCGGUGCUGCAGCCGGGCGAGUCCGUACCUGGCGAGUUGACGCGCGACCAAAGCGACAUGAGCCUCAUCGAUGAAGACGGCUCGUAUACGCGUCGUACUGGUGCAAUAGGCGGUGGAGACGAGGAUGACGAGCAGGAUGACACGGAUGCCGGGCUCGCGAGGCGACAGCAACGUAUUCGCGCUGGCGUGUUUUUGUUCGACCAGAACAGCACGAUGGUGCUCACACCCAACAAAGGACGAGCGAGCGAAGGGUUCUCUGCCGCAGGUGACAUGAGCCGGCCGUCAUUCUUGAGCGAGCUCUCCAACUUCAGCGGCGGCCGGAGCCGCGGCGACCGCACGGCGCUAUUCAAGGCGACGAACGACCGGACAAUGGAUAUGGACCUGACGAAUGUCUACGACGCGGCAACGGCGAAUGGUAACAUCGACGACGAGCGGCUCAUGAGCAUGCUUGCGGACAUCACGCGCGAGAGCCUCUUCGGACAUGGCCGCGAAAGCAUGGCCAGUCAGCGCCUCAGCGUGCUUGGACGUCUUGGCGACGAGGACGAAGAUGCAGCUCUACAGGACAAGUCGCGAGAGCAGACGCAAGAGGACGAUGAGGUAUUCGGUGAUGCCGGUAUUGCGGUCGAGAGGAGAUCUCGAGCAAUGUCGGAACCGUUCGUGGAAGAGGCUCAAGAUAUUAGCAUGGUUGUGCCCAUAUUCGACGAGCUGGGACCUCUCGAAGAUAUGCCUUCUUUCGACGAUCGCUCGCAAGGUGGCUCUGCCGAUGUGACCGGCGACGAUGACGCGGAUGCCGAUGGGACGAUGUUGGGAGCUGCAGAUGAGGAAGACCUCACGACGCGUCCGCAAGAAGAUGGGUACGAGACGAUGACCGAGAGCGAGAUGGAGAGCGACGAAGGUGCUGCGAGCGUCGGCAAGGUCAAAACCAAGAGCAGAGUCGUGCUCAAGCAACGUAUCGUUCGCAAGAAGAAGAUCAGAAUCUCCCCUCACACCGGCGAAGAAGUCCCGUCGUUGCCCGCAUCCUUGACAAAGGCAUGGUUCACAUCGUUCGUGAUGCCAGCAUCGAGCGGCAGCGGCACGAAGUCCGGCAAAUACAAGAUUGAAAAGACGGCGAUGGACGCCGUGGAAGAUGCAUCGCAUGCCUUCUUCGCCCAAUUUGCGCAAGAGAUCUCGGCGCAAGCGAAGGCCUCGGGCCGUUCUUCCACCAUUAACGAGCAAGACGUUAUUGCUGUGUUGAAAGACCACGGCCAUGUCACUGCAAGCACCUCCCUCCCCUCCUUGAUCCGCAAACACCUGCCUCGCGAGAUUGCGGAUCUGAUGACUAUCACAUCGUCCUCGUCGUCUGGCAGCGGCAGCAAGAAGCGCAAGCGAUCGAAAGUCAAGGAUGCAGAGACAAGCAACGCUUCAGAUUACAUACGCAGCGACACGGACAAAGGCAAAAGCAAAGGACAUGCCACGGUGAAAGGGAGGGCUGGUUCCAGCAAGGCGCUCGGGAAGAGCUUGAGCAAACAAAAACCUGGCUCAAGCACCAAAGUGGGUAAGAAAUUGCGCAAGUAAGGUAUUUUUCCUUAGCACCCUUCAGUCUGGCUGUGUAAUAUUAGUCUGCUUGCAAAGAG